AUGUGGACGGGCGUCCUGCUACUUUGUAUCGCGGGUGCCGGCGCGAUCACGCGCGACCAAUUCUACCCACAUGGCCAUGGAGUCGACCAGAGGCUGCCUAGGGGAUCCUCUGUAUCAUCACCAGAAAUAAACCUUAACGUACCCAUCGUCUUCUUUGGAGAAACCUAUGAAACAAUAUUUGUCAAUAAUUAUGGAAUCCUAUCAUUCCGAGUGGACAUCCCAACUUUCCUCAACGCAGAGUUCCCUCUGCCAUACCCAUCGAUUGCAGCAUUUUAUUCUAAUGUCGACACAACAGAAUCUGGGGAGGUAUACUACAGAGAAACGAACGAAUCUCACGUCCUAACUAAAGCAGAAGAUAUUGUACAGAAUAACUUCCACGAUUAUUACGAUUUUAGACCAACAAGUGUUUUCAUAGCCACAUGGAUUGAUGUGACUUACUUCAGCAAACAGUGGCAAGAUCGUAAAAACAGCUUCCAAAUAGCCGUCAUAAGCAAUGGCACGGAAACAUUCGUACAGUUACUCUAUCCUGAGAGAGAGAUCCAGUGGAUACAAAGGGAGACUCAGCCUAGCAGUUUGCCUGAUGCCAAAGCUCAAGCUGGGUUCGUGGCAGACGAUGGCCGGCUCUUCACUUUAAGAGGCUCUGGUAGCCAUCAAAUUAGAAAUGUUGUUUCGUGGUCCAAUACUCAGGAGCCAGGAGUGUACCUUUUCCGUGUAGGAAAUAUCUUGAUGAAUGAAACAGUGGCUGUUCCAGACCAAUAUGAUGAGAACGAAGUUGAAGUUGAAGAGGAAACUAAGACUUGUGCCCAGACUGGUCCAAGUGUGUGUCACUUGCAAGCGAAAUGUGUAGAUUACCAAGCUGGAAUUUGUUGCCAAUGCAACGAGGGUUUCUAUGGAAAUGGCAAAUCAUGUAUCAAAAAUGAUGUUCCCUUGAGAGUACAUGGCAAGUUAAAUGGUAUCAUAAAUAAUGUCAACCUCAAUGAUGUUGAUAUCCAAGCAUAUGUUGUUAUUGCCGAUGGUAGAACUUACACAGCUUUAUCGCAAGGCCCGCAUGCUCUUGGGCCUAGUUUGCAGCUUUUGAACACUCUUGGAGGAGUUAUAGGAUGGAUUUUCGCAAAGCCUUCCGGAACAGCUAAAAAUGGAUAUCAACUUACUGGCGGUAUCUUUAAUCACACAGCAGAUAUAUAUUUCCCUGAAACUAAAGAUAGAGUAAUAAUUAACCAAGAGUUUGUUGGGCACGAUGUCUUUGAUCAGCUUACAUUGGACGUAGAUGUACGUGGUACAAUACCUAGUGUGUUACCAGGAUCAAGAUUGGAGAUUUCUGAAUACGAUGAACAGUAUACUAUUGUAGAGCCUGGACAAAUACACAGCGUUUCAAGUCGUAUCUUUAAAAACAAAAUGACAGGUCAAAAUUAUGAGCAAAGGGUAUCGCAAACAUUUGUAUUUAAUCCUUGUAAAUAUGCACCACCUUCAGAGGAAGACGCCGUUCCAGUAACUUUGAAAGUGAUUAAGAAUUACUUAGGAUUCGAAUCAAGAGACAAUAUAGUUAGGUAUGGGUCUAGUAACAAAAUUACUUCUAAUAUCCAAGAGGACCCGUGCGUUGAUGGACGUAAUUCUUGUGGACCUCACAGUACGUGUGUUGUACAAGGCGACUCAUUUGCUUGUAUUUGCCAGUCGGGUUAUAGUAGUAUUUACUAUGGAAACUCAAAUAUUUGUGUCGAUAUAGAUGAGUGUGAGGCAUCAACUCAUAAUUGCGACAAUAACGCAGAUUGCUACAAUCACGAAGGAGGCUUCCAAUGUAGGUGCCGUGAAGGUUAUGAAGGAAAUGGUAUUAGUUGCACCUACGUUUCACGUUGCGGAAAUAAGAUAUGUGAUUCAAACGCACAAUGCAUAAAUAAUCCACUAGACGAAGCUUAUUGUUUAUGUAAGCCAGGUUAUACUGGAGAUGGUCAAAGAUGUUGGCGGGCAGUCGAUACAUGCAACUGCUCUCCUUAUGCCCAUUGUAAUUUCUUUGCAGAAUCUAACAGUUACCGUUGUGAAUGUAAUUCGGGCUAUAUAGGUGAUGGAAGAUAUUGUACAGAGGAUAUUAAUCAACAAACAGAAAUUGAAGAAACGCCAAGGCCAGGUCCAGUACAAGAGGAAGAACCAGCGCCAGUACAGGUACCAGAACAAGAACCAUAUCAGGAACCAGACCAAGAGUCAUAUCCAGUGGAGGAACCAGGACCAUAUCCAUCACCAGACCAAGAACUUGAUCAAGUAACGGUAUCGGAGCCCUACUCGACCUCGGAGGCGCAACCAGAAAAAAAUCAAAGAACAGAAACAGAAGUCGACGUAUUUGUUAGUACUACAGAAUCCACCACGCUAGUCCACACAGAACCUGAAUAUAAUGAAACAUACGUGUUAGGACAUUGUGAUGCCUAUGGAUGUGUUUGCCCCCCAGGGUAUUCAUUAACGAAGUAUCAAUCGAACGAUUUAUGUCGCCUAGAUACUUAUAGUGAACCAGGUGUAGACGAAAAUAGUGAUAAUUCAAUUACUUGCACCGCGGAUACUGAUUGUCCUCCGAAUGCAAUUUGUUCCUUUUCGUCGGAAUCAUCGUACUUAACAAAUGAUCAAACAUUAGGACACUGCGUGUGUCCUGAGGGUUAUGAGGGAGAUGCCUAUGAGUGCAUCGAACGAACUGGAUCAAGUUGUACAUGCGGCCCAAGUGCCCAUUGUGUCGACACAGCUACUGGAGAACUUAUGUGCGUAUGUGAUCCUGGUUACCAUGGCGAUGGGUACGUUUGUCGACCCAAUUUUAGUUGUACAAACGACUCAGACUGUGAAUAUAAUGCAGAUUGCCGGCCAGAUCCCAAUACCAAUGAAUAUGUAUGUCAGUGUAGUGAAGGUUUUAUCAAAGACCAGAAUGACGCGUGUAUUCCCGAUGGACAGUUAUGCAACGGUGCCGUAUGUGCAGAACAUGCUUCCUGCCUGUACAACGCAACUUUAGAGGUACAUUAUUGUCGAUGUGAAGAAGGCUUCGAAGGUGAGGGCAUUUCAAAAUGCGUACCACUAGGGAAAACUUGUGAUGUUGCUAAUGACUGCAGUCCUGAUGCUAUUUGCACGCCAACCGAAGCAACCUAUCAGUGCAUAUGUCGUGAAGGUUAUUUCGGAGAUGGUUACAGAUGCGAUCCAGAACUAAAUUGUAGGACAAACAUAUAUCUUUGUGAUAUCCAUGCUUCCUGUUUAAAGACAAGUGACGGAUACGGAUGUGAAUGCAAUACAGGAUAUAAUGGAAAUGGAAGUCACUGUACGCUGAAUCCAAGGCAAGCUGGUAACUUCCUAGUAGCAAGUGACGGAGCAUCAGUAUAUCGUGUGCCAUUCAAAGUGACUCCGCGAGAAUUCGCAACUCCAUUUAACAGUGCUAUUUAUCAGAUUGCCGUCGGAAUUGACACGGAUUGUCUAACUGGGAAAAUUUAUUGGGGUGAUGUCGGCGCUGGCGCUAUAAAGAGGGCUUCGUAUGAUGGUUCUGAUUUCGAACAGUUCUUGUCGUAUGAUGUUCAGUCACCAGAAGGUCUGGCAGUGGAUUGGGCAGCAAGAAAUAUAUUUUGGACAGAUUCAAAGAAACUUACAAUAGAAGUAGCAAACUUAGAUACAAAAGUAAGAAAGGUAUUAUUCCAUAAAGAAGGUAUAAUGAAUCCUCGUGGCAUUGCAGUCCACCCAGGCAAAGGAAAAAUCUUUUGGACUGAUUGGAAUCGCGGUGGUCCAAAGAUAGAGUGGGCUAACAUGGACGGCUCACAAAGAGGCGUUUUUCUUGACAUGAGUGACGUAAAACUACCCAAUUCUUUAGCUAUUGACUGGUCUAGAGACAGGCUAUGUUACACUGACGCUGGCUUCUAUAACAUAAGAUGUGUCAGUAUCGACACAACGGAGAGCGAAACGAUUGCUAGCAACUGCUCUUAUCCAUUUGGGCUUGCAAUUAAUGGGGAUAAUUACUAUUGGACUGACUGGAAAACAUUAAAAAUUGAGUAUAUCAACAAUUUUACACAAGCCAAAGGACAAGUACCCAUAGCUACAGCAUCAAGAAGACUGUACGGUGUAGCAGUGGCUCCUGAAUCCUGUCCGGCCCAAAGCAACAUAUGCCAAUAUAGGAACGGUCAAUGUGAACCUAAUCAGUUAUGCUUGCCUGAUGGACAGGGGAGCAGAACCUGUGUAACCGGGAAUACUCCAUCUUAU